UUCACAUGUUUUUUUACCUGAAAAACCUUUCGGUGCGUUAUAGCAAAGUGAUUAUUGAAUUAAUUACAUACAUUGUAGGAAGUCGUGCCCCAUGUAUGUUUGAUAUCAUCUAGGUACUAGGGUAGUAGCAUUUGUCCAAACUCUAUCUCUUCAGCUACGAGACACGCGGGGCAAUGUUACUUUUUGUUUUCAAAGUUUUGUGCUGGUUUGUGUUCCUUGUUGCAGCCUAUAAUUUAGGACUUAUUGUAUUUAGAUAUAGACAUGUGAAGUUUGCUUGGAAUACAAAUGGAUAUUGGGCACCGUUGCUGCCUUUCAUUGGCAACACUUAUCUUGCUGUAUUAACUGGAAGAAGAGUUAAUAUGUUGACAACUCUUUUGUGGGCAGAGAGGUAUUUCGGACUUCCAUGUAGUUUUUGGUUUUCAUAUAAAUAUCAUUACAUGUGCAAUAAUGCAGAGGAAGCUAAGAUUGUUUUAAAUCAUCCUAAAUGCUUAAAUAAGGCUCAAUUGUAUGGAGAUGUGCAGUAUCUUUUUCGAAAUUCAUUGCUAUUAAUUGACGCCGAAAAAUGGAAGCCACGUAGACGUUAUUUACGCAAUGGUUUUAAAAGUAAUAUAUUGAAAUCAUUUUUUCCAACGUUCUAUCAGCAAAGUUGCUAUCUAGUUGAGGAAAUCAAAAACGUGGGCCCAGAACAAGAUCUGUAUAAAUUUUUCAAUAAAUAUGCGUUCAUGAAUUUUUUUCUGACAUCUUUUGGCUAUCAAGGUGAAGAAGAUUUGGAUUUGGUGAAUAUUAAAAAAUUUGGAGCGUUAAUAGACAGCAUCCAAGACGAAUUUGUCAAAUUACUAGCAAACCCUUUAAUUCCUGCUUUUAUAUGGAUAAGAAUACCUCCAGGAGCACAGUUAAGAGCCCACCGUGCAGAAAUUGGAAAGGUAAUCAAAUUGAUUAUUCAGGACAAAAAGAAGCGAAAGCUUCAGGUAUCAGAAUAUGUGGGAAACCCAAACGAGCGUCCACUGGUUGACCUUCUAUUAAGCGAUGCCUACGAAAAAGAAUAUGAGGAUGAAUUAUAUGAAGAAUUUACUUUGUUUGCUGGAGCUGCUACUGACACCACUGGACAUACAUUGGCUUUUUGUUUCACUUUAUUGGGAAUGUUUCCGGAUAUACAGCGAAAAGUAUACGAAGAAGUUAUGGAAGUAGUUGGAGAUCACACAAUACAAGAGGCGAAUAUUCAAAAUCUUAGAUAUACAGAGGCUGUUGUCAGUGAAGUAUUGAGAAUCCUCCCUACGAUACCUUUGUAUGGGAGAUAUUGCGAGGAAGACAUUGAUAUUGGUACGAAAGUGGUUCCAAAAGGAGCAAACGUUUUCAUAAGUGCCUUCCAUAUACAAAGAAAUCCAGAUUAUUGGGAAGAUCCUUUGAAGUUUGACCCAACUAGAUUCUUGCCUGAAAAUAUGUCAAAAAUUAUUCCUGGAUCUUAUCUUCCAUUUUCUGCCGGACCUAGAAACUGUAUUGGACAAGGAAUGGCCACGAUAUUGAUGAAAAUAACUGUAGCCAACAUUGUGAAGAAUUUUGAAAUUACCUCCAAACAUAAAUCGAUAAAAGAGUUUAAGCUUGAAUCUUGCAUUUCCAUGAAAACUUUAAACCAUCUUGAUUGUCAUUUUACACCAAGAGAUAAGGCUUAAUAUUUAUAAUUUGAAGACAUAUUAUGUGAUUAAUAUUUUAAAAUAAGAAUGUGAAGUAGGCGAGGGUGUAUUUGGUAUUUCUAGUCAUGUAGUGUAUUUAUGUGAAAAUAUAAAAUUUACCAUAAAUUUG